CCCCCAAAAGUUGUGAUGCUUUUCUUCACCCAGUGCUUUGGGGCUGUGUUAGAUCUCAUCCACCUCCGGUUCCAGCACUACAAAGCUAAACGGGUUUUCUCCGCUGCCGGGCAACUUGUCUGCGUCGUGAACCCCACGCACAACCUAAAGUAUGCGUCCAACCGACGCGCCGUCGCUCAGAGCGCACCGGAGCAAGCCAGCUUCCACCCUCAUCACCUCACCCACCAUCACCGCCACCACCGCCACCACCGCCACCUGCGCCACCAUGCCCACCCCCACCACCUCCACCACCAGGAGGAAAGCCUGCACGAUGGCCAGGUGAUGCCCUGCAUGUGCCCCUUGUUCUCCUGCCAGUGGGAAGGCCACCUGGAGGUGGUGGUGUCCCACCUGAGGCAGACCCACAGGGUCGACAUCCUCCAGGGAGCGGAGAUUGUCUUCCUGGCCACGGACAUGCACCUGCCGGCUCCAGCCGACUGGAUCAUCAUGCACUCCUGCCUGGGCCACCACUUCCUGCUAGUGCUUCGGAAACAGGAGAGGCAUGAGGGGCACCCGCAGUUUUUUGCCACCAUGAUGCUGAUCGGGACCCCCACUCAGGCCGACUGCUUCACCUAUCGCCUGGAGCUCAACAGAAACCAUCGGCGGCUCAAGUGGGAGGCCACCCCCCGCUCUGUCCUGGAGUGCGUGGACUCUGUGAUCACUGACGGGGACUGCCUCGUCCUGAACACCUCGCUGGCCCAGCUCUUCUCUGACAACGGCAGCCUCGCCAUCGGAAUCGCAAUCACCGCGACCAAGGGCCACUCCACAGAAGUCGAGAUGUGAAACACAACCACCCCAACUCGAGGCGCUCGGCCUGUGCUCCUCGGAGCUCCCGAGCCAGGACUCCAGACUCCUUUUUGAUGUCUUCCUUCCCUUCCUCUUUCUUCAGUCCUUUCUCUCUUUCUUUUUGUCUCAGGUAUUUUGUGGUAUUUAGUAAUUGUCUGCCGUGGGCAGUACAUUAUGUAAACAUCCUGUGGUUCAAGAUCUUGGUGUGAUGUUUGUCCUGUUUUGU